CCACCAUGGCCACUCUCGAUAACGACACCCUCUUUGGCUUCAUCUCGAGCGGCCUCAUCGCUCUCGGUGGUUUCCUCGGCUUCGUCAAGCGCGGGUCGUACGCCAGCCUGAUCGCGGGCGGCGGCAGCGGUGCACUGUUGGGCUACGGUGUGCAGCUGCAGCGGGCGAACCCGGCCAACGUCCAGCUCCUCGUCAGCGUCUCGGCCCUCUUGUCGAUGGUGAUGGGCAUGCGCUUCAUCCGCGGUCGCAAGUUCAUGCCGGCAGGCCUCGUCACUCUCCUCUCGCUCGCUCUCACGUACCGCUUCGGACAGCGGCUCUUGUGAAACAUGCCCUCGCCAUUCUCGAGAACA